CUCUCUCAUACAUCUACAAAAUGCGCUUCUCCACCUUUUAUAUCUUGAUCACAGCCCUCCUUUUUUCUCUAACCGAAGCCAAGGGCAAAGCCAUCAAAACGGUGGAUGCCUCUUCCUUCGCAGCAUCUACCACAGUCCCCGUGCAAGCCCUACAGUCUGCCGCUGCAAAGGCCAACACUAUCCCCAGUCUCGCCGUAUAUCCUGUCAGUGUUGGCGAAAACCCUGUACAAUCGACCAUCUACAGCGACUGGACCCGAUUCCAAACGGGCUCUGCAAUCUUCUGGGUUGCAGAUAUGGACGUGGACUGUGACGGCCUCGAAUACGGCUGCGAAGGGAAUCCUGACGGCCAGCCACUAACGAACUGGGGCGCGCUGGAUGCAUACCAAGUUCCCUUUAUUGUGAUUCCGGACAAAUUUCUCGUUGCGAAUCCGGAUCUUUUACCCGGGAAUAAUGUUGCGGCUAUUAUUUGCAAUAACAAAAUAUUUUACGCCAUCCUCGGCGACUCCAACCACAACGACCCCCAAGUCACGGGCGAAGCGUCCUGGCUUCUCGCACGCACCUGCUUCCCUGAUGAAAAGCUCAACGGGAACAAAGGCCACACGACCUCCGAUGUAACUUAUAUCGUGUUUACGGGGCAAAACGCCGUUCUUCCCGAUACAGCGUUGAAUGCAAACUACAUUACCGAUUUUGGGAAGUUGCGGGAGAUGGGCGAUACGCUUGUUUCGGGUCUGGUUUCUGAGUUGGAGAUUUCUUCAACUAUUCCAGGAUCUGGACCUGAACCUAAUCCUAGCCCUAGUCCUAGCCCUAGUCCUGGUCCUGGAUCUGGCGAUGAUGAUCAUGAUGAGGAUGGAGAUGGCGAUGGAGAACGACCUGUUACUGCUGGUGCCUCAGGACGAUCUAUGGACUUGCUUACUGUUGUAUUGGGCUGUGUGGUUGCUAUAAUCUGUCAGAUCAUUUAGAUGUUUUUGUUUCUUUCUAUUUCUCUAUUUCUCAUUUGGGACAUCUCAUCUCAUGCCUGUAUUGGUUUCUUUGGAAAGAUAAUCCGGAGUUAUGACUCUCCCGUUUUGCUUGGACUGUGAUUGUACAUUGGUUAUACAUUCCCUGUUGCUUUUUUUUUUCUUUCUUUCUUUCUUUCUUCUCUCUCAAUCCUGUAAUGCCACUGGUGUUGUUGUUUAUCAAUGAAUCAUUUGGCUCUGAAGCUGUACCGGCCGCUGACCGGACAUCCAACCUCAC